GAUUGGCCAAACCGACCGGCACAAUCCAUCAAGUGGUUGUGUGAGACCCCGCCCCAGCUUGUUGUUUUCCGUUCGAUCCUGCAGACCGAACGACCUUUUGCGCGACAGCGGCAGUAAAACUAGAUUUUUGGGUGCGGCUGAUUAUUUUACAUUUCACAAGUUUAACACAAAAAUCUCAUCAUGACUGGAUUGGUCAAAGCCAAAGAAUAUGACUGGAAGGAUUCUAACAUGGCCCUCAUUGGCAGUGAUACUGAUAGAGAGGUGAAGAAAGAGUCUGCAAUGACGGAAGAAGCCUGGAAGGGGGCAGGAGAAAAAACUGGCCUUCAGAUCUGGCGAAUUGUUAAGUUUGAAGUUACUCACUGGGACAAGAACCAAUAUGGAUCUUUCUAUGAUGGUGAUUCUUACAUUAUCCUGAACACCUAUCAAGAACCAGAUAAUGAAGAAUUACUGUAUGAUGUUCAUUUUUGGAUUGGCAAAAAUUCCACACAGGAUGAGUAUGGCACUGCUGCUUACAAAACUGUUGAAUUGGACACCCUUCUUGAUGAUAAACCAGUGCAACACAGGGAAGUUCAAAAUUAUGAAUCAGAAAUGUUCAAGAGCUACUUCAAAACAUUAAAUAUUAUGUCAGGUGGGGCAGACUCCGGUUUCAGGCAUGUAGAGCCCGAGAAAUACAACCCACGCUUGUUUCAGGUGAAGAAGGAAUCGAGGAAGAAGAUUAGCGUAAAAGAGGUUCAAUUCACAAAGAAGGCUCUUAACUCUGAAGAUGUGUUCAUUCUUGACAAAGGUCUAGAAAUUUACCAAUGGUGCGGGAAAAAAUGCAGUUAUGAUGAAAAGUUCAAGGCUCGUUCAUACAUUCAGGAGACACUGAAACCCUCACGUGGUGGUAAAUCAAAGAGUGAAACCGUCGAAGAAGAAAGUAUACCACCAAAUCAUUCGUUCUAUGAAGCACUGCCUGAUGAAGAACUUAUUCCAUGCAAUGACGAGACUGAUGAUUCACUCCCUGCAAUGCACAGGUUAAAGGAUGUCAAUGGUAAACUUGAAUUCACCCUGGUUGCUGAAGGAACACUCAAGAGGGAGGAUUUGGCAUCUGAUGAUGCCUUUAUUGUGGACACUACCAAGGAGUGUAUUGUAUGGAUUGGAAAAGAUGCUGAUGCAAGUGAAAGUUCAAAUGCUUUGGCAUAUGCUCAU